GACUCUUUGUUGAAGCAGUUGGUAAGCAACGCUGAACAACUUGGGACUGGACUUCGAUGGGACGCCAUAGCCAGUCAUUUCCCAGACAGAAGUGACGUUCAGUGCCAACAGAGAUGGGCGAAGGUCGUGAAUCCGGAAUUGGUCAAAGGGCCAUGGACGAAAGAGGAGGACGAGAAAGUGGUAGAAUUAGUCGAACGAUACGGACCGAAGAAGUGGACGUUAAUUGCACGACAUCUGAAGGGCCGUAUAGGUAAACAAUGUCGGGAAAGAUGGCACAAUCAUUUGAAUCCGGGUAUCAAGAAAACAGCGUGGACGGAGGCGGAGGACAGAAUAAUCGUGGAAGCUCAUCGCAGGGUCGGCAACCAAUGGGCAAAAAUAGCAAAAUUAUUACCGGGAAGGACAGACAAUGCUAUAAAAAAUCAUUGGAACAGUACUAUGAGGAGGAAAUAUGAAACUGAAGAGGGUAGAUCCACUAGCACAAGAGGAAGAGGUAGGAGAAAAGCCACGGAAUCGUCGUUGCCCUCUAAAGAUAACAACCUGUGUGUAGAAGAGGACGGUUACGGUCGUCUGAAGAUGGAUUCGACGAGCAAUGAGAAUACCGCGGCUUUGUCUACUGUGCAACAGCAUAUUCUGGGUAUCGACCAAUUGGAUUGGAGCAGAGCUUGGGAUAAUCAGCAAAACACGCAAAGUUUUCAGAAUCUUCUGAACUUGAACGAACGAUCGCACAACAAUGAGCCUUCAAAGAGAGGAAGUUCCUCUUCCAGAGUCAAGACUGAACAAAUUUCACCCUUCACAAAAUACUUUGAUAUGCAAAUACAAAGUGAAGCGACCAGUUCAAAGAAUUCGGAGAUCAGACUGAUGCCCAUGCCAGAUUUGGAAGAGAUGUCGGAAGCUGCCGAGAAGGAAAGAAGCAGCCCGCCCCCUAUUCUACGUCGGCGUAAAAAUGCUCAAAUACUUCUGCAGAGGACGGAAACACCUGAGAAUGUAAACCAGUCUGAGUAUUUAAUAAUAACUCAACAGCCAUCUGGUGUCACCAGUCCAUCUACGCCCAUCAAACAACUGCCAUUCAGUCCGUCACAGUUCUUGAAUAGUCUGAGUCCUGAGACCUCCUCCUGGCCACGGGCAAGUACUCCUAAAGGUAGCAGUCCUGGUCCACUCACCACACCACAACCUACUGGUCUUCGAAGAAGUCAGAAUGAUGGCAAUACUCCCAGGACGCCAACACCGUUCAAGAAUGCGUUAGCAGAAUUAGAACGGCGCAGUGGCGCGACUACUCAGUUACCUGCCACUCCGAGUCGUCUGGACGCUCUGACCGAAAUUAUUAAACAGGAAACCGAUCGUGAAGGUUUAGCGGGAACCAGCGCUAUCCUUCAGGACUCUGGUUACAGCACGAUCAGACGGCGGGGUAAAGAAAAUAGCGCUCCCGGCGGGAAAAGAGCGCGCAAAGCUCUUUGUCAAGCUUGGGCUUCUCAGGAUAAUUCCGAAAUGAGUUUCGUUGUAGAAACACCGACUUCCCACGACUUUGCGUCCGUACAACGGAAGCCUAACGCCAAGAGGGCAAUCACGUUCGAUGCGUUCGACAGUCCCUGUUGUAUUCUCAGCCCCUUGCCGCUCAGGCCAGCCAAACGCGCCAAGCUACACUUGGAGGCACAAUGGACAACAGUGGCGUGUGGACGUACGCGCGAUCAGCUCGAAAUGACGCGAGCCGCACGCCGAUUCCUCAGCAACCAUGGAUACCUGCCUUUGCGUCCUCGUUCUUUGAAUUUUUAAAAGCCUGAUCUUAGCCACGACUGCGUUUCGUGGUGGAAAAAAAAAAAAAAA